AUGGUCAACUUCGCCAAAUGGGGACCCAUUGACAAGGAUGUCAUUGUCCUCGCCAGUGAGAUCGAUCGCCAGUUUGGCCACAUCCCCGAUGGUGCCCUCAUCGAGUUUCGCUUCUCCUGCAAAAACAUCUUGGAUAUGGAUGCUUUGUCCAAGUCGGAUCCGAUUCUCAUCGGCACCGAGAACCGCUUUGUCCGCCUCAACUGCCCCUACGAUCGCAAGAUCGGUACCACCGAGGUGAAGAAGAACGACAACAAUCCAGUCUUCUACACCCCGCUCUACACCCGCGUCCGCAAAAUCGAUCUGAAGGACCACGUCAUGCGGUUCUUUAUGCUGGACGUCGACAAGCCGGACCAUCCGCUCACCUCGCUGACCUCGCACGACUACAUCGGCGAGACCAAGGUCAACAUGCUGUCGGUUCUCUCCGAGCCAUCGUGCACCUUUACCACUCGUCUGGCGUGGGAGGACAAAGAUCCGCGGGCGUCAAUGGACGGCAUGUCCAAUGGCAUGAAGUUUGGUGGGCUGGCCUAUCGCUCCCACGGUGCGCUAGGCACAAUCACCGUCUCCGCCAACGUGGUCGACGAGACCGUCGAGCACGCCAUGGUGAGCUUCUCGCUCUCCGCCGCCGGCCUCGACAAGAUGGAUCGCUUCGGCAAGUCGGAUCCGUAUGUCAUUGUGCGGCGGGCGCUGACGCCGGACGCGGUUGUCGGCUCGCCAGGCUGGGUCCCGGUCUACCGCACCGAGACCGUCAAGAAGACAUUGGAUCCGACCUGGCAGCCGGCAAGCAUCUCGCUCUGCGGCCUCGCCGCCAACGAUCUUCACAGGCAGCUCAUGUUUGAGGUCUACGACUGGGACGCAGGCUCCGCCGACGACAUCAUUGGCUAUGCGAUCACCACCCUCGCCGACAUGCUCGCCGGCAACGUCUCCAUCCCGGUUAUCAACACCGAAAAGGCGGCCAAGGCUGCGCGCAAGAAAAAAUCGUACGACAACUCAGGCAUGCUCACCAUUUCCAACACCCAGAUGACUCCGAUCUCCGGCUCUGAGCUCGGCCUUCCGGCGCCGCUCGACAACAUUGAGCUUCUUGCUUGGGAGCGGUGGACCGUCGACGAUGUCGUCUGCUUCCUCGUUCGAGAGCACAAGUACGACGUCGAGCUCGCCGAGCGGUUUCGUGCUGCCGAGAUCGACGGCUUUGGCUUUGUUGCCCUCAACGACUCUGAUCUUAAGGAGCUCGGCAUGACCGUCAUUGGCCGGCGGAAGCGACUCCUUGGCCUCAUCCACCAGCUCAAGCGCGACUCCGACUCGGUGGCCUCCAACAGAGGCGCGCGUGCUUCGCGCGGCCUUGGCGGCGCGUUUGCCAUGUAG